AUGAGCUCUUCCGAUAGGAAAAACGAAGACAGGUUCGUCGCCACGACCGGGGGCAGAAAAAAUCCUAAACAAAUUCACAUAGCGCACCGGCGUUCUGCAAGCGAGCUGACCAAUCUCAUGAUUGAGCAGUUCACACUACAGAGACAGUUGGAAAUAGUUCAGGCCCAACAGCAGCAGCUCAUUGCUCAGCAACAGCAGCUAGCUCAACAAUCGGGCCAGUACCUCAACCCUGUCGGCUCUGGAAAUGCGUCACUCGGAGCUCCCGGGGGACCCAUCCCAUCUUUCGUUCCGCAACCUCCCCACCCUCAUUAUAACGCCCCAUCUCCUUCCCCUAGCCAGGGCAACCGGAGCAGAUCACAUUCUAGAAAUAGUUCUGGCUAUUACAAUAACAAUGAGUUUGCCCCACCUGGUCACCGCAAGACUGGCUCUCAAUCCAGCGUCUACGGUCACUCGAGAAGACAUUCCUUAGGAUUGAGCGAAGCCAAAAAAGCAGCUGCCGAAGAACAAGCCAAAAGAGCAAGUGGCAGCGGUAUCUCAAUCAAAAUUGACGAUGCAGAAAAAAGCGAAUCCGUGGAAUCACCUCUUUCAAAUGCGAUAGAGCAAUCAACCUAUAAAUUCCCCGCAAACACAGGAGAUGCGCAAAGGGGAACAACACCUCAAACCUCCAGGACCUCCCACAUGUCACCUCAGAAAUCUUUUCAAUUCCCUUCCGUACCAUCAAACAACAAGGAAAACCGCGAAGAAUUCAGUAAUGUUAGCACUCCUAACCGUAACGCAAACGCGAAAGGCAAGGACGUCAGCGGUAUCAAUAACAAUUGGCGCUUGCAGCAGCAGCCAACCCCGCAAAGCAACCAAAAUACCCCCAGCCACCCUUUCCAUCAUAAGAAGAGCCAAUCUAGGGAAGCACCUUUCGGAGGCCUUGAGCCCCCUCCAGUUUUUCAACCAGGUCACAGAUCCCGCAACUCUAACGCUUCUACUCACAGCUUUGGAUCUGGUAACAAUGGAAGCAACCAAAAUGGCCGCAAAUCUUUGUUUGCACCAUACCUGCCUCAAGCUAAUAUCCCUGAGUUAAUUGAAGAGGGUAGACUUGUUUGUGGUAUUUUGAGAGUCAACAAAAAAAAUAGAUCUGAUGCCUGGGUUUCUACUGAUGGUGUGUUGGACGCAGAUGUGUAUAUUUGUGGUUCCAAAGACCGAAACAGAGCUCUUGAAGGUGAUUUAGUAGCUGUUGAGCUACUGAUGGUAGACGAUGUGUGGGGUUCAAAGAAAGAGAAAGAGGAAAAGAAGAGGAGGAAGGACGCCAACAAUCAGCAAGAUAUUUUGAACAGCAACGACGAUUAUCACAAUGACGCUUCUUCUCGAAUGGCUAAUCCAACCAACUCUUCUUCUUCCUUCGGUUCCACGGAGAAAGAGGAUCAAAGUUCUCCUUCUAAAGGAAGCGUUAAAAGAAAGGGCUCUCUAAAACAGCGUCCAACGCAAAAGAAGAACGACGAUGUUGAGGUUGAGGGACAAUCUCUUUUAUUAGUUGAGGAAGAGGAAAUCAGCGACAGCUACAAACCUCUCUAUGCUGGUCAUGUGGUGGCCGUUUUAGACCGUAUCCCAGGACAGCUGUUCAGCGGAACUCUUGGUUUGUUGAGGCCCUCACAGCAAGCCAAUAACGAAGCCCAUAAGCCUCAGAAGCCGAAAAUUGUCUGGUUCAAACCAACUGAUAAAAAGGUUCCUUUGAUUGCUAUUCCAACCGAGCAAGCUCCAAAGGACUUUGUCGAAAACGCAGACAAGUACUCGAAUAAAUUAUUUGUUGCUUCAAUUAAACGCUGGCCUAUAACCUCCCUGCAUCCUUUCGGAACUCUUGUUUCACAAUUGGGUGAAAUCAACGAGCCCGAGACAGAGAUCGACGCUAUUCUCAGAGACAACAACUUCCUAUCUGACGAAUAUUUGGAUCCUCACGACCGCUCAAAGGAAAGAAGCACAUUUCAGCCAACACCGCUCUCUGAAGAAAACAUUCAAUCACGCAAAAUAUUCUUAAACACUACCGCUGUGUUUGAAACAGAUUCUCUCUCAGAUCUUGCUUUGCACACGAAGGUGUUGGACGAUGGGUCUUUGGAAGUUGGCUGCCACAUUCUUGACGUCACUGCACACAUUGAAGAGGGUUCAUCGCUUGACCGGAGAGCGAGGAAAAGAUCUUCAGGCGUUUUUAUUCCGCAAAAGGUCGUUCACCUUUUGCCACAAACCCUGAAUGACGCAUUGACAUUGAAAGAAGGUAAAACUUCGGCAACUAUCUCUGUGGUCCAUCGUUUUGAUAAAUCGUUCAAGGUUCUCUCAACCUGGAUUGGCGAGACCUUGAUCACACCUGAAUCUUCAAUUACGUUCCAGGAAAUUAAUGAGCAGGUGAGCUCCGGCUCUCUGUCUCGUUUCGUCUCCCAAAUCCAAGAUGUUGCUACUGCAUUGUGCCGCAAGCGUUUAUCAUCACCGUCUGUUAGCUUGAAACCGGAGCUUUGCUUAUUAGAAAGUCUUGACGAUGAGAAAGUCAAGGUUGAUCUAAACAUUUUCCAGUCAAGCGCUGCGACAUCGAUCGUCACAGAAAUUGAGCGCCAUGUCAAUAGCAUUGUUGCUGAGACUAUUUAUCAAAAAUUGGGAGACCUCGCGUUCUUGCGUAGACAGUCAAAACCCAUUGCGACUAAGCUGGCAUCAUUUGAAAAGAAGGUGACAAAGCUGGGCUAUGAGGUUGACAUUACUGAUUCGCAAUCCCUACUUUCGUCCAUCUUAGCUAUCGAAGAUGAAGCUACAAGGACUGGUGUCGAAAUCCUUCUCUUCAAAGCCUUAAGCCGUGCUAAAUACUUUGUUGCUGGUAAGGUUGAGUCCGACCAGUACGAUCAUUUUGCGCUUAACUUGCCGCUAUACACACACUUCACUGCGCCAUUGAGAAGAUACGCUGACCACGUUGUUCACCGCCAGCUCAAAUCUGUCUUGAAUGAUUCCUCUUACAAAGAAAAUGAUGAUUCUUUGAAGAUAACGUCAGAGUACUGCAACUUCAAAAAGGAUUGCGCUCAUCAUGCUCAGGAACAAGCUAUUCAUUUGCUUUUGUGCAAAACAAUAAACGACAUGGGAAAUUCUACGGGUCAAAUUCUGACAAUGGCAACAGUGUUGCAAGUGUAUGAAUCUGCGUUCGAUGUUUUUAUUCCUGAGUUUGGAAUUGAAAAGAGAGUUCAUGGUGACCAAUUGCCCUUGAUUAAAGCAGAGUACGACGGAACUAACCGUGUUCUUGAAUUGUACUGGCAGGCAGGUGUGGAUAGUGCCACAUUUGUCCCUGCCGAUGAGAAAAACCCAAAGUCUUACAGAAAUUCUAUUAGAAACAAGUUCAAGUCUGCCUCAAACGAAAUUGCCAGCAUUCAAUACCAAAAAACCCUAGAAGGCGAGAACCUUCUGACCGAAGAACUCGCAGGUCAGUUAAGCAACUUGCAUAUCGACCCCCCAGCUUUGAAGAUGCCCGAUCCACGUAAGGACACGGAACCAUUAGAGCGCUUUUUGAAAACCGCUGUUACGAGAACCGAAGGCGACAAGGAUAUACAAGUGAUCCGUGAACUUCAGCAGGUGCCAAUUUUGCUCAGGGCGGAAGUUGGAAUGGCGCUUCCCUGCUUGACCGUCCGCACCUUGAAUCCAUUUCAAUCUAGAAAGGAUUAA